AGAAUUUCUCCCAAAACAAAUUAGAAGAAAAUGGCAGAGGGUACUUAUUGUAAUUUGACCCUCAUUUUUUACUUCCUUCUUGUUUUUGUGAAGGACUCUAAUGCCAUGAUGAUACAAGAAGUUGAUAAAGAGAUGGUUGGAUCGUCCAAACGACAUGUCGAAAUUCAGAUAACGAGCAAAUUAGAUCCUUCUCUCUAUGUUUUCUUCACUCCAAACGAUCUAAAACUUGGAAAAACGAUGUCCAUCUUCUUCCCAAUCAAAAACCAUUCCCAAAUUCCCAAACUUCUUACCAAAGAAAUGGCUGAUUCCAUCCCUUUUUCAGUGGCAAAUCUCUCUUAUCUUCUUGAAUUCUUCUCCAUCCCCAAAGGCUCUCCCCAGGCCAAGGCUAUGGAGUACACUCUCACACAGUGUGAGCUUGAGCCAAUGAGAGGAGAGACCAAAUUCUGUGCUUCCUCUUUCGAGUCCUUGUUCGAUUCGACACGUGGCGUUUUCGGGUUGGAGACCCGAGUGAGGGGCAUGGCCACUAGGUACCCUAGGAGCUUCAAAACCGAGCUGCAAAACUACACCAUAUUGGAGGAGCCCAACAAAAUUUGGGCACCAAAAAUACUGUCUUGCCAUACCAUGCCAUAUCCUUAUUUGGUGUUUUAUUGUCACAGUCAAAUGAGUGACAACAUGUUGUACGAGGUUGUUCUUGAGGGUGCAAAUCGCGACAGAGUUAAGGCUCUGGCUAUUUGCCACUUGGAUACUUCUGAGUGGGAUCGUGAUCACAUCGUGUUUAGAGUGCUUGGUGUUGAGCCAGGUGCCUCAUCCGUUUGUCAUUUCUACCCUGCAGAUAAUUUAAUUUUGAUUCCUGACUCCAAUAAUUAAGACAAUAGGAGUGGUAUGUUUUUGAGAGGUUUGUGAUAUUGAAAUGAUGUGAAGUUUGUGUUUGC